AUGGAUUUUGAAGGAAGAGAAGACAAGGAUGGUGUGAGACUCUCCUGGUCAUCGUUACCAAAGUCAAAGUUGCAACACCAGAGAAACGUUAUACCUAUGGGGGCAUUAUACACUCCAUUGAAUGAUAAAUCGCCAAUACCGUUAUUGGACCAGAAUAGCAUUAUCAGCUGUCGAUCAUGUAGAGCUGUAUUAAGUCCCUUUGUUCAAUGCAAUAGUGGGGUUUGGACGUGCCUGGUUUGUAGUACAACAAAUCAACUUCCAGCUUUAGUGGAUGAACAGGGCCAACCGGCAUUACCACUCAACUUAAACCAAGAGUUCACCACUGUUGAAUAUCAAACUGGGAGACUUGCUCCUUUACCUCCAGUAUUUUUUUAUGUCGUGGAUACUAUUUUCGAAGGGGACGAUGUUGAAGGGGCAUUCCAGCAACUCAAAGAAAGUUUGACUCUUUCCUUGAGUCUUUUACCAGAAAAUGCUUUGGUUGGGUUCAUUUCUUUUGGAAAACAUGUGAAGAUACACGAUUUAAGUAGUAACGAUAAUUUGUCGUAUACUUUCAAUGGUAACAAGCAAUAUACAUUGGAAAAAUUGCAAUCAUCCCUUGGCUUGAUCAGUAGUGGUUUAAGUGUUGCCAAUUCAAAGGGUUCAAAUGACAGUGGAUAUGAACAAUUGAUUGGAAAUGUUGGUAAACGAUUCUUACAACCAGUCACUAUUGCUGAGUAUCAAUUGACAAAUAUUAUAGAAUCAUUGGUGGUGGAUCACUUUCCUCAUAAUGAGUACAGUCAACGUCCUGAAAGAGCUACCGGGUCAGCAAUAAAUAUUGCAUCUUUGUUAUUGAAGACAAUCUUAGGUAGUCAGCAUCAUGCUACUGGUGGCCAUUUGAUGGUUUUUAUUGCUGGUGUUUGUACUUUGGGUCCAGGUAAGAUUGUUGACUCUUUGUUGAAGGAACCUUUAAGAUCACACCAUGAUAUUAUAAAAUCACAAACCACCACAAUUCACGCACCUUCGACUUCAAGUGUAGCCAAAAGCAACAUGUCUUUAUUCAAACAUGCCAAAUUGUUUUACGAACAAGUCACCAAGACACUUGUUUCUCUUGGUAUUAGUUGUGAUUUCUUCAUUGGAAGCUACGAUCAAGUUGGGUUGUACGAAAUGGACGAGGUAUGCUACAAAACAGGAGGUAGUGUAGUGCUUAGUGAUUCCUUUAGUACGGCAAUUUUUAAGCAAAGUUUUGUCAAAUUUUUCAAGAAACUGGAAAGCGUUGAAGGCAAUGAGGAACAAAAUGCUGAUGCUGGUGAAUACUUGGAUAUGGGGUUCAAUGCUACUCUAGAGGUAAAAACUGGUGUUGAUUUAAAAUUGAAGGCUUGA